CAGUACAUUUCCUAAUAUACCUACCUACCUACCUCUCCCCCUCUCCUCUCCCUAGAAUCCGAAAUCAUGACUAUCGUCCACAUCGUCCUUUUUGAAUUCAAACCCUCUGUUGAUAAUGAGGUCAUUCGAGAUGUCUGCAGACGCAUGCUAGCCCUGCGCGAGAACUGCAUCCACCCGACGUCGAAGAAGCCGUACAUUCUCGAGGCCAGCGGCGGCCGCGACCAUUCCCCCGAGGGACAUCAAGUUGGCGGCUUCUCCCACGGCUUCGUCUCCCAUUUCGCGAAUGAGGAGGAUAGGAGGUAUUAUCUGGAGGAGGAUCCCGUUCAUUUGGAGUUUGUCAAGAGCUUAGGACCGAUCAUUCAGAAUGUCAGGGUUGUGGAUUAUACACCGGGAGAAUAUUAG